AUGACGUCUCUGCCCUCGCCCCUCGCCCCUCGCCCUGCGAGUAGGAGAGCAGAAGCUAACCACAGGGUAGACCCGUCCUUUCGCGACUCGUUUCAAAAACCUUAUCAGCCGCUCGCUCUGCUCCAAACCAUUGCAAGUUCAUCCCAAAGAAUCGUCGCAAGCUCAUCUAAAAGAGUCGUUGCAAGCUCGACCGGUUGCCACUUCAGAUAUGCCGGGCGUCAAGUCGGAGUCUCUGGCGAGCGGCGGCUUGCCGGAGCUCCCGCGCAUCUGCACCACUCGCCCUGCGGCCUCCUCCAAGAACCCGUCUACGUUGCAUUCCAUGAUGAAGAGUGGGGAGUGCCGGUUCACGAUGACCGUAAGCUGUUUGAGCUGCUUACCUUAUCACAAGCCUUGGCCGAGCUCUCCUGGCCUGUAAUUUUGAGCAAACGGGAGGAGGUCAGGAAGAUGAUUGAUGCUUUCUACAAUGCGUCCGUGCCUGACUGCACGAACAAGAAGAUAAACCAGUUGUUCAAGUCAAAUGGAAGCACGUUGUUGUCAGAGCAAAAGAUGCGAGCUAUGGUCGCAAACGCCAAGCAAAUUCAAAAGGUAGUCCGUGAAUUCGGGUCGUUCAGCAACUACUGCUGGAGCUUCGUGAACCACAGGCCCAUCACAAACGGCUUCCGCUACGCUCGCCAGGUGCCCACCAAGACGCCCAAAUCUGAGGCUAUGAGCAAGGACCUGAUGUGCCGAGGGUUCCGGUGCGUCGGCCCCACGACGGUCUACUCGUUCAUGCAGGUCGCCGGGAUCGUCAACGACCAUCUGCUGUGCUGCUUCAGGUUUGAUCAGGUUGGCGGCCAGCCAAAGGCUGCCGUGGAGAAUGGUUCACGAUCAGCGAGGUGUAGUUAG